UUUUCCUGUUGCCACCGUGUACUCCCCUGACAUGUACACGAAUGACAUACAAGUAGACGGUGUCGGUGUCUAUAAAGGCAGCCGACACACACUGACGGACACAUACAAACAUACACACCAUUUGAAGACGACACGCUGACCGGAAGCAUGGGUGUCCUCAUCUCCCGCCUUUUCUCCAUGUUUACAUCCAAAACUUCCGCCAGGAUCCUGAUGGUGGGUCUGGAUGCUGCUGGUAAAACCACCCUGCUGUACAGGAUGAAGCUGGCUGAGGUGGUCACCACCAUCCCUACUGUGGGCUUCAACGUGGAGACAGUUGAAUAUAAAAACAUCUCUUUCACUGUUUGGGACGUCGGCGGUCAAACUGUCAUCAGACCACUCUGGAAACACUACUACGUCAAUACACAAGGUCUUAUAUUUGUGGUGGACAGUAACGACCCUCAGAGAAUCAAAGAAGCCGCCGAGGAGCUGCACUGCAUGUUAGAAGAAGACCAGCUGAGAAACGUGGCCUUACUGGUAUUUGCCAACAAACAAGACCUCCCUCACGCCAUGUCUGUCAGCGACGUCACCACAGCCCUGCGCCUGUCAGGGGUCUCACAGCCGUUUUAUGUUCAGGCUUCAUGUGCGGUGAGCGGCACUGGUCUGGUGGAGGGUCUAGAUUGGCUCGCCAAGGAGAUCCUGAAACAGUCGUAGCUGACGUGAAGUUGUUCCUGCUGCGUCCACACACACGCACACAUGACAGCCGGAAACACUUGUUGACAUUUUGGAUGAAUAAAGUGAAAAAUUGUGUUUAUUUCAUAAUGUAAUCAAGGCUGUUGAGUCUUAUAGGAGCUGUGCUGGUUUUAUUUUUCUCAGGUUAGAUGACCAGAUGAUCUUUUUACUGUUUCCUGUUGCCUAUCAUCCAUGUUUGCACUCGGGACUCAUCCUGUCUUGACAAUGCUUGUGCACUUUAUAAAACACUAUAUGUUCAUGUUGUGCAAAUAAGUUUUUUUCUCGUGGAAGAGUUUCUGAUGCUUGUUUUGGGAUUCACCUUUAUUAAAUUUGUGAUGUUUGAUUAGAUUUUCUGCAUUUAUUCCACAAUAUAUUGGAUAUUUUUUAUAUUUACAUUUUUGUAUAAAAUGAUCUUACAUUAAUGAAUAAAAUAAAAAU